CAAGGAGCCAGUGAGAGGAGAAGGGUCCAGCCACUAGAACCGGGAAGAAAAGAAAGCAUCUGUGAAGCGGAGCAUUUGUGCAGCAAAAAAGUAUGACAAAAGAAGAAAAUAACGCAAGCGACCAGCUUGUUCCCUCAAGUAAGGAAGUGAAUGCGGCAGAUAAUUCAAGAUAUCGGAAAUGGGCACAGCUGGAUCGAAGUAGACGGUUGAAAGCAAGCGCCAGAGAACGAAAACGGCGACAUGUUUUGAACAACGCUUUGGAACUUUUACGGAAGAAGGUCCCGUGUGUUGAUCAAAACCCACAGAAACUUUCCAAAAUUGAAGUACUACGUAUGGCUAUCGACUACAUAGCCAUGUUAAGUUGUUAUUUGAAAGGAUCUCAGUCUGCAGCGAUGUUAGCGGGGCAGCUUCCACAAGUGGAAGUUGCAGCAUCCAUCACACCAAAUCGAAGCGGAACUCCUAGCGUUCUAAUGCACGACCAAGCGGUCACCAUUGUCGUCCCAAAAACUCUGGAUCAAUUUCAGAUGGGAGAUCACUAUGGUAUUAAAAGCUCAGAGCUGGACGUAUACCUGAAAGGCUUCCAAGACUUUGCUCACGAUUAAUGAAAAUUAUAUAACUUUAUAUCUGUGUAAAAAUCAAAUUUGUAGAUACCGCGUAAGUUUUUAUCUCUUUUUCUAUGAAAAUAAAAAGACUCAAAAGUUGGAUGGAAUUUUUAAAUUCUUUUAUACUACUGCCGUUGACUCUAAGUAAAAUGC